GAGCGAAUUGUGCGAGCAAAAGCCAAGGGAAAUUUUUGUGGGAAACCAAAAACAGAGCACUCAUUGACAGCGUGACAUUUUUGUUUUUCCAUAUUUACCCGUAAUUAACUUCAAUACUUACCAAGUACAAUUAAUAUGUUAACAGUAAAAAUUCACUAAGUUCACGUAAUUUAAAUAUUAAAAAUUGUUAUUAAAUUCCCGCACAAUAUUAAAAUAUUUUAUUUUUAAUUCCACGAAAGUGAAAACUAUACUGAUUUCUCUACCACCGGUUGUACGAAAGAAACCUACGCAGCGAAAUUAGUUGACAUAUAAUUUUAACAGAUAGUGUGCGUAAUAGAUUUCAAUGAACAUGCAGGGUUGCAUUUCGUAGAAAUUGUGAGAAAAAUUACUUCUGAUAAAAAGAGGAUAUUGUAAAUAUUUGAAUUUGAAAUUUUCACAAAAUAAUAAAUAUAUAUAUAUUUGUAUAAAUCUUAUGAAUUAUUAGUGAUGAUAACGAGGAAACCAACAUGUAAAAUUAAUAUACCUAAUAAUAAUACUUCUUCAUAAAUUGUAUGUUUUAAUACUUAUGGCAAUAUCAAAUGUAUUCAGUAUAUUAUAUACGUUCUCGGCCUCCGCUCAUAAAAAUAUUUUGUUUACUACGCAAUGUCACACAAGCAGUAAGAUAAUUAUAAUAUUAAAUACGAUGAAUAUUGACGAAGAAUCCGAUUAUGAAGAAGAUGAAUUUUUAAUUUUUGCUGAUUUCAAAAAUCAACUUGGUUCCCUUGAUUUGGAAGAAAACAUAGCAGUGAAAAUCAUUGGACUUGAAAAGGACCCAGUCGCUGAAGUGAAUGGAAAUAUAUUUAAAGUGAAAUUUCUUUAAAAUUGAAUCCACAAUGGAAGAAAUACUAGGUCAAGAAAUGCGCACACCGCUGGUACUUCGAAAGUUUUUAAAUGAGUGGAAGACUUUUCUCGAAUCAAUAGUAAUGCCAAAAACUGAAUGCGAUAUACAAAAUGCUAUGAAUUUAUCAGAAAAUCAAAAACGUUUUAGCGACGUUGUUGCACAAUGUUCAUUAGAGAAAUUAGAACAAGAAAAUGAUAUUAAUAUUGUUAAAUAUGAACCAGGUAUUACAAAUCCAGCACGUAUUCCAAUAAUUGUCGAUGACACGAAUUUAAAAACAUACAAAGAGCUUGUUAAAGGGAAAAACAAUACCAGUCAAAAUCGCAAUCCUUUUAAGCGUUCUCGGGAAACAUAUGCCAUGGUGCCGUUUCCUCGUCCACAGCAAAUUGAAAAAUAUGAUUUCAGUGACUUUUAUAAUGAUAUAAUUUUAAAGAUACGCAUUUACAGACCAGCACGUGCUGUACACACCGGUCAAAGUUUAGAAAAGCCAGUCUUUGCGGAGGAAUUCGAGUGCCUAGGGUCAAAUUAUCUUAGCGAUUUGCGUGACAAAAUUUCCUGUGUCUGUAAAAUGAAGCGAUUUUUUGAUGUUAGCGAUAACCCAACAGCUGAACUUCCAGGAAAAACUACAGACCCAGCCUUUUUUUUCAUAAAUAAUAUUUUUUACAAUGACCGUCGAAAUCCGGCCAAUCCCGAUUAUUCAGAAGUUAUCCGUACUUGGGCUAAGAAAGCUGUGGGUCUAAAGGAUUUACAUUUUGAAGUGGCUCAAAUGGAAACCACGCGUUUUUUAGACUUAACCGUUAGCAUAGGUUUUCCGCAAUUAUAUCAACAUCACGGAAACUGCGAACAUGUGUUUGUCAUCUCCCAGAUUGGAGUCGUGGCGCCUAGGUUGCAGUGUGCGCAACGCCAUAUGUAUCCUCGACUCUGUUCAUUUGGAUAUUUUAAUAAUCGUGUUUGUAACAUGUGUGGCACACGUCGUUACACCUUUAUCGUAACAAAAAGUGAUCGUCAACUACACGAUCCAGCAUAUAUAUGCAACAAGUGCUUUUUUGAUUACCACUAUAUAGAUGGGAAUAAAAUAGGUAAUUUCCAGGCGUUCAAAGUAAAUGAGGAUAAUGAGGAGGAAGAGGUAAUAAAAUAUAUAAAAAAAUCAAGAGUUGAAGAUGAAUAUAGCACAGAUGAAAAUGAUGAAAUGCCUAAUAUGCAAACAUCAAUAAACAACACAAUGUAAAAUAGUAUAUA